AUGGAAGACAACUGGUACCUCAACCGCGAUGCUUCUCGCAGAAAUCUUCCAUCCAGCUCAGAGACCCACGUAACUGAUGAAGUCGACCUUCUAUCACCAGGUUUUGUCACAACCCCACCUCCUCGCCCAUCCCCUACCCCAGCAACUAUGGGUCCUCCUCCUCCUCCUCGUCCAUCUCCACCUCUAGCAGCUAGGCCAAAGCCAAACGGGUAUGUUUGUCCUCCAGAGGGUAUCAAUGGGCACCACAUCCACCCUUUCUUCACCCCCCCUCCUUGUCUCGGUCCUAUUGAGCUGGCCCUGCGCCCCAAGCCAUUGGCUUUGCAAGGCGCGCAGACGUCCUCCAUUGCUCUGCCCGCCGUCCAGCAAGAACAGGGCUGUGAUACCGUUGCCAAACCUGCAUUUGACAAUAAUGCCCAGCCAGAGGGUACCAAACCUUCCUCGAACGACGGUCCUUCUGCCAGCACUCCGGACUCAGGCACCUCUACUGGACAGGCCACCGAUAGCCACACCGAAGAGGAGGGUGCCAGCGCUAUUACCUCGUCUUUGGAUGCGGCAAAACACGAAAAUCUAUUGUUGUUCCAGCGCAGUAGAUUUUACAUAGCGCCUCGCGACUCCAGCUAUUAUCAACAACAGUCCCGGCGUUAG